AUGGCUUCUUCUUCAGAGAGCCAUGACCUACCUGGCACGGCGGAAAAGAAAUCAAAUAGCAUCAACAACUUUGAUGUUGUGGAUAGCUCUGACUUUGCGGAAGUGAGAGAGGUCAAAUUGAGCUUUUUCAACACUUUGGCAUCGAAAAUCAAUGUUGAAACCAAGGGAAUAGAGCCAAUCACCGAUGAGGAAAAGACAGAGAACUCUAUUGUGAAUGCAGCUACAAUGUGGCUUUCGGCAAAUUUGGUGAUUGCAACUUUUGCACUUGGUGCCUUGGGUAUCACUGUUUUCAACCUUGCCUUUUGGCAAGCAGUGCUUGUGAUCAUCUUCUUCUCUAUGAUCGGAGCAUUCUCCGUGGCAUUUUUCUCCACAUUUGGACCCAAACUUGGCUUAAGACAAAUGUUGCUUUCCAAAUACUUGGUAGGAAAUUAUGCCAUGAGAAUCUUCGCAGUCAUCAAUAUGGUUGCUUGUGUCGGUUGGGGAGCAGUUAAUAUCAUGUCGUCUGCUCAAUUGUUGAAUAUCGUCAAUAAUGGUGCAUGUCCACCAUGGGCUGGAUGUUUGAUCUUGGUUCUUUGCACCAUCUUGGUGACUUUCUUUGGUUACCAUGCAAUUCAUUUGUAUGAGAAAUGGUCCUGGGUUCCCAAUGCUGUUGUGUUCAUUACCAUUAUCGUCAGGAUGUCAAUGUCGGGAAACUUUUCGUUUGGUGACUUCAAAGGCGGUUCAGCAACGGCAGGAAAUGUCUUGUCUUUUGGAGGUGCGGUCUAUGGAUUUGCAACCGGCUGGACUACUUAUGCAUCUGAUUAUACCGUUUAUCAGCCCAGAAAUGCCAAUAGUGUCAGGAUCUUUUUUGGCAUCUACCUUGGCUUGUACCUUCCGUUGAUUUUCACUCUUAUCUUGGGAGCAGCUUGUGCCACGGGAACCCUCACCAACGCCAGAUGGCUGGAAUUGUACCAAACGAAAUCAGUCGGAGGAUUAGUAUACGCUAUUCUUGUCGAGAACUCAUUGCAUGGAUUUGGACAAUUCUUAUGUGUCGUGUUGGCUCUCUCUACUGUCGCCAACAAUAUUCCAAACAUGUAUACCAUUGCAUUGUGUGCCCAGGCUGCUUGGUCUCCUUUGGCCAAAGUUCCUCGAGUAAUAUGGACAGUCUUGGGUAACUUCAUAACGUUGGCUAUAUGUAUUCCCGCCUACUACCAGUUUGAGGAAGUUAUGGACAAUUUCAUGAACUUGAUAGGAUACUAUUUGGCCAUCUACGAAGCCAUCUCGUUAUCUGAGCAUCUUAUUCAUAAUCGUGGUGACUUUUCUCGAUACGACUACAAGAACGUUGAUUCGAAAUUGGCAUAUCCAGUUGGAUAUGCUGGUGUCUUUGGAUUCCUUUGUGGAGUAGCUGGUGUGGUUGUCGGUAUGAACCAAGUAUGGUACUCUGGGCCCAUUGGACGCAAGAUUGGAGCACCUGGAGGUGAUAUAGGUUUUGAGUUGGGAUUUGCCUUUUCUUUCAUUGGGUAUAACUUGGUUAGACCGUUGGAGAAGAAGUACGUAGGACGUUAG